GCGGACGUGACGCCGCGGGCGGAAGUGACGUUUUCCCGCGGUUGGCCCGGGCGGCUCGGUUGCCGGGCGCGUCCGGUUUUCCUCAGGGGGACGUUCCCAUUAUUUUGGUAACGGGAGUCGGCUGAGGACGGGGCGUGCCCGGCGUGCGCGCGCGCCCGCCUCCCCGCGCGCCUCGCUCGCUCCCUCGUUCGCCUGGCUCGUUCACUCGCGGCGACCCCGCGCAGCGCGUCAUGCCGCCCAAAGCCCCGCGCAGAGCCGCGGCGGCCGAACCCCCGCCGCCGCCGCCGCCGCCGCGGGAGGACGACCCCGAGCAGGACAGCGGCCCCGAAGAGCUGCCCCUGGCCAGGCUUGAGUUUGAAGAAAUUGAAGAACCCGAAUUUACUGCAUUAUGUCAGAAGUUAAAGAUACCUGAUAAUGUCAGAGAAAGAGCUUGGUUAACUUGGGAGAAAGUUUCAUCUGUGGAUGGAAUUCUGGAAGGAUAUAUUCAAAAGAAGAAGGAACUCUGGGGCAUCUGCAUCUUUGUUGCAGCAGUUGACCUAGAUGAGAUGCCAUUCACUUUUACUGAGCUACAGAGAACCAUAGAAACCAGUGUCUAUAAAUUCUUUGACUUACUAAAAGAAAUUGAUACCAGUACCAAAGUUGAUAAUGCUGUGUCAAGACUAUUGAAGAAGUACAAUGUGUUAUGUGCACUCUACAGCAAAUUAGAACGGACGUGUGAGCUUAUAUAUCUGACACAGCCCAGCAGUGUGAUAUCUACUGAAAUAAAUUCUAUGUUGGUGCUAAAAAUUUCUUGGAUCACUUUUUUGCUAGCUAAAGGAGAAGUAUUACAAAUGGAAGAUGAUCUGGUAAUCUCGUUUCAGUUAAUGUUGUGUGUAGUUGACUAUUUUAUUAAGUUCUCACCUCCUGCACUACUCAGAGAACCAUACACCCUGGAAGACAGAAGUAGGCCAAUCUCUGUGAAAAAUGUUUAUUUCAAAAAUUUUAUCCCUUUUAUGAAUUCACUUGGAAUUGUAUCAUCUAAUGGACUUCCAGAGGUUGAAAGUCUCUCUAAGCGCUACGAAGAGCUUUAUCUUAAAAACAAAGAUUUAGAUGCAAGACUAUUUUUGGAUCAUGAUAAAACACUUCAGACUGAUCCUAUAGACAGUUUUGAAACAGAGAGGACGCCACGAAAAAACAACCCUGAUGAAGAGGCCAACAUGGCUACGCCACACACUCCAGUUAGGACUGUUAUGAAUACUAUCCAACAAUUAAUGGUGAUUUUAAAUUCUGCAAGUGAUCAGCCAUCAGAAAAUCUGAUUUCCUAUUUCAAUAAUUGCACAGUCAAUCCAAAGGAAAAUAUCCUGAAAAGAGUAAAGGAUGUUGGACACAUAUUUAAAGAGAAGUUUGCUAACGCCGUGGGGCAGGGGUGUGCGGACAUUGGAGUACAGCGAUAUAAACUUGGGGUCCGAUUGUAUUACCGUGUGAUGGAAUCCAUGCUUAAAUCAGAAGAAAAACGUUUAUCCAUUCAGAAUUUUAGCAAACUCCUAAAUGACAACAUUUUUCAUACGUCUUUAUUGGCCUGUGCUCUUGAAGUUGUAAUGGCUACAUAUAGCAGAAGUACAUCACCGAGUCUUGAUUCUGGAACCGACUUGUCCUUCCCAUGGAUUCUGAAUGUACUUAAUUUAAAAGCCUUUGAUUUUUACAAAGUGAUUGAAAGUUUUAUCAAAGUGGAAACCAACCUGACAAGAGAAAUGAUAAAACAUUUAGAAAGAUGUGAGCAUCGAAUCAUGGAAUCCCUUGCGUGGCUUUCAGACUCACCGUUAUUUGAUCUCAUUAAGCAAUCCAAGGACGGAGAAGGACCUGAGCAGCUUGAGUCUGCCUGUCCUCUCAGCCUGCCUCUCCAGAGCAACCACACGGCAGCAGACAUGUAUCUUUCUCCUCUAAGAUCUCCAAAGAAAAGAAGCUCAACUGCACGUGUCAAUUCUGCUGCAAAUACAGAGACACAAGCAGCCUCAACCUUCCAUACUCAGAAGCCAUUGAAAUCUACCUCCCUUUCCCUGUUUUACAAAAAAGUAUACCGUCUAGCAUAUCUCCGACUAAAUACACUAUGUGCACGCCUUCUGUCUGAUCAUCCAGACCUAGAGCAUAUUAUCUGGACUCUGUUUCAGCAUACACUGCAAAAUGAGUAUGAGCUCAUGAAAGACCGGCAUUUGGACCAGAUUAUGAUGUGCUCUAUGUAUGGCAUCUGCAAAGUGAAGAACAUAGAUCUCAAAUUCAAAAUCAUCGUAACUGCAUACAAGGAUCUUCCUCAUGCUGCCCAGGAGACCUUUAAGCGUGUUUUGAUCAGAGAAGAGGAGUUUGAUUCCAUUAUAGUAUUCUAUAACUCGGUUUUCAUGCAGAGACUUAAAACAAAUAUUUUACAGUAUGCCUCCACCAGGCCUCCUACCUUGUCACCAAUACCUCACAUUCCUCGAAGCCCUUACAAGUUUUCUAAUUCACCCUUACGGAUUCCUGGAGGUAACAUCUAUAUAUCACCCCUAAAGAGUCCUUAUAAAAUUUCAGAAGGUCUGCCAACACCCACAAAAAUGACUCCAAGAUCAAGAAUCUUGGUCUCAAUUGGUGAAUCAUUUGGGACAUCUGAGAAGUUCCAGAAAAUAAACCAGAUGGUGUGUAAUAGUGACCGAGUGCUCAAAAGAAGUGCUGAAGGUGGUAACCCUCCCAAGCCACUGAAAAAGCUGCGCUUUGACAUCGAGGGAGCCGAUGAAGCAGAUGGGAGUAAACAUCUCCCAGCAGACUCCAAAUUCCAGCAGAAACUGGCAGAAAUGACUUCUACUCGAACACGAAUGCAAAAGCAGAAAAUGAAUGAGAUCAUGGAUAUCUCAAACAAGGAGGAAAAGUGAGGAUCUCAGGACCGUGGACACUGUGGACCCUGGGGACACUUGACUUGUCAUUCAUGGAUGUGACUGUAGUUCCCAGGUUCUACGAAUGGCCGUGUUUACUCAUGUUUUAGAUAUAAAAUGUGCAGGUACAAGAUGAAUAUUGUGUGGAUGAUUCCUAAGCCACUUCAAUGUUGUAAUCAAUGGUAUAGAAUUGACAGUACACGGGAUUGAGAAUCCUGUGCAGAUCAUGCCAUUUAAAACAUGAAAGCAGAUUGUCUGCAUCUCCAGUGGGAGCCUGCUGUCCUCAGAAGUGAGGCUGCCUCUGGAGAGGGGUCCUGCAGCCCCUUACGCCUGGCUGACUACUUUGCCUUUCCUCGUGGCACAUGUGUGAUGUUUGCUCUUGGUUUUAUUAAUUUAUAUGUAUUUUUUUAAUUUAACGUGAAUACCCUUAAAAAAUGUGUCCUGUCUUCCAGAUGCAAGUUGAUUGACUGUCCACAUUCAACCAAAUUAUCUUGACUAUCCUACUGACACAGAUUGUUAAACACCACGGAAAAGUAAUUUCUACACAUUGGGCUUAUUGUAAUAUUAGAAUCUAAUGUACUGUGUGUUUGUUUUACAUAUUUUACUUUUGAAAUACAAGCAAAAAAAACAAAGUAUAAACAUAUGAUACUGUCUUACUACUGACACAGAUUCAUACCUCAGAACCUGUAAGAAUUGAUUCUUUUAUUCAUCCAACUCUUGCUUUAACUGAAGGUUAUUGAUAGUACUCCAGGUUUUUUUUUCCUUUUAAUCAUUAAGAUUACUACAUCUGUAAGUACCCAUGUAGGACUUGAAAGUCAAGUCUGGCCACAACUGUGCUGCAGAGGACCCUAGUACAGUACAACCCAAGUGCACUUUCUAAUGUUUCUGGGUCCUGAAGAAUCAAGACAGAAAUCAAUUUUGUUCCACAGACAGACUGUUAUGUGUAGCUCUAGGAGCCUUCAUUUCUCCCUCAUAGAGCUGAGUAUCUAUUUGCACCUCAGCAAUUCUGCUCUUCUAAACUUGGGGAAGUUUUGUUUUUCUGGAAUGGUACGUCUUCCAGGUAUCUUUUGAACUGGCAAUUAUCUAUUUUUUUAAGUCAAUCUGGUAUAAUAACACUGGCUCAUUCAAAGCCACACUCUUUCUAGUCCAACAUUACCGCAAGUAAUCAAAGGUGUUUAUAAAUAAGUUAGGCAUUAAUGCUCCGAUUCCAUGCAAAUGCUUCAGAUUAAAACAGCUGCAUUGAAAACAGAGGCACUCCCUUCACCCCUCCACCUAAAGGUGUAUUUAAAUUGUCUUGUGGGAUUAACUUAUUUAGAGAUGGUAUAAUUUAAAAUAGGUGAUAUUUAAGGUAGCGUCAGCUAGCAUUUAAGAAAAUCACUUUUUCUAAACGCCAUACUUUUUUUAAAAAGAAAUCUGAUCUUGUUAGAAAACGAACUUUAUUUUUUCCUCAUUUUAGUUUCAGUCUUACUAGUUUGAUAGUUAUCUCGAUAACAAAAGCAGUAGACAGCUUCCCUCAUUUCUUCAUUAAGUUUUGCAUGAACAUCAUACAGUUAGGUUUUAGGUCAAGGGCUUACCAUACUUCUAGGUCUUUUGCUAGUAAGUUUAAGUUAGAAUUAGUGACAGAAUUAUAGGAAUUUUCAAAGAUCCUGUAUUGAGAUUUCUUAAGGGUGCAGAUGCUGCACUAAUGGUUUUGUUUUUGUACUGGUUAAAACUAUACAUUCAAAUUGCUAUGUCCCUAUUUUCUAUAAUAGUUUGUCUAUUUUAAAAUAAACUAGUUGU